CUAAAUCGCAGGAGUAAAGCUGCAUCAUGUCGAGCAACGAAAUCAUAAUGAAUGUGUUGUCCUUUCCUUGAACUAGCAGGAGGGAUCAUCGAGGAUGAUGAUGAAAGACUCGCUUACUUCCUCGCUUUUGAGUUUGAUUAUCAAGUAAUCAAUAUCGAGAAGGUGGAAAAUGGCCGGAUCUAAUACUCCUGGAAAAGCGAAAGCUCAAGCUGUUAUCAUGCGGACCACAAGCACAAAUUUCACUUCAACGAUCAUGGACGACAUCAUGCGGUCUGGCGCUUUCCUUACUUCUACUAACAACAUCAAUCAGCGGCAAUUUUCAAUGUAGCGACCUCCUAAAAAAAUAACAAGUCGGAGCAUGCGGAAGGAGUAGAAACAAUUCAUCUAGUACAUCAAUUCAAGUGGCCGUCUACCUCGACGCUUUGGAGGACAUCGAAAGGACAUGAAAAUGUGGUUUACAGCAAAAAAACUUCUGGUCCUUGGAUCAUGCAGUGCGUCCUCUGUACUAGCAUUCCAAAUCCAGGAAAAUCCCUUCAUCUCCAUUCCUGGACAACACGAACACCAGGAGCAAAGCCAAACUUCCUUAUGGGCUACAUUGAUUUGUUCUGCAGCAGCUCUGGAGACUUGAUGGAAGUCCUCACUACAUUUUUACUCCAUAGAAAUACUUACUGUGAAAAGUCCCAGGUAAAUCUCAUUAUAGUGCUUUGCAGCAUUUCUUUGUGUUAUGGGUUAUAGUGCUUAUUUGUAUUUCUUAUUCAGCAAGGAGUUGUAGUAGGAGCACGUACUACUACUAGUAGUCGGAGGAGGGCUAUGAUUAGUCGUAGACCAUGGGAAGCAUGGGCUCUGGCUGUAGUUGUACUAAGGACACAAAGCAAUCUUCGUUCCUAAUGAAGCUGUGUCUGAAGUGUACUUAGGAUAAACUCUCACAGAUAGGAGAAGCGCGUGAGCUUCCUGCCUCUCGCACUUUCGACCGAGGUUGGAUGACAACCGAGCUAAGGAAAUCAUACUAAACAACAGAUUAACGAUCAAAUCGAUCGCCAUCAAUGUAUUGAUAAGCUCGAUUUGCAUCCUUCCUACCUGUGUGUUGAUCGUCGUUGGCUAUAUGUUUUCCUUAAGAGGAAGAAGAGAGGAACACAUAGGUUAGAUUGUUUCCAAGUACCUUCUAGAGUGUAACUUAUCUCUUUUGUUUGUUUUGGCCAGGCUGCCACAUUAGUACAGUCAUCGAAACGAUGGGAAGAAGGGUCUUACGCCGUGUCAUAAGUGUCAAGAUGAGACGGAUCUUGUAGCCAGGCAGUUACAGUCAUCACAAGUGAUGGGAAGAAUGGUCUUACGCAAGAUCUGUCAGUGUUAGUUUUUAGAGACUCCACAUGUCUAUUAUAGGUGGUGCUGAGGUUUUGUAAUCUACGAGCCAAAGCAUGAGGUCAGUGGGAAAGAAGAAGGAGUACGAGGUAUAUAAGUGCCAGUCUUUCGUGUAGCGCAAAAACUGGGAGUGCACGUUUUUGCGGGACCAUGCAAAGUGGUCUGCAAUGCGGUUCAGGAGCAGUUGAGGGACGUCAGUAAUGUCUAUCAUGCCUAAUUUUAUAAGUGUGAACCGUACAGCUAGCGCUGCCGAGCGGCGGAAGCCGUGCGGUGUUGUGCCUGCUGCUUUGGCAACAAGUCUCAGCUGGUUCUCUUGCAGGUCCAGUGCUUCGUAGUUAAUAUAUUUCGAUGGAAUCAUAUUUGUGAAGACGUCAUCGGUAUUCGGGUUGAAUUUUAUAUGGGGAACUGUCAUCACUGCCCAAGUCGGAUCAUCAGGGAGGGGAGUCAUAUUUGUAGGCUCGAGAGCGGCCAUUGAGGAGAGGCGGUAGGAGCCUGCAAUCCAUAAGAUGGCUACUCUUUUCGCUUUUGGUUGUAGUUCAUGGAGUCUCUUGAAGGAUAUGGGGACAGCCUUUUUUCUAGUAAAUUCGUCUCGAAUGAGCGCUAACAUUCUGUACAUCUGCAUCUGAUUAUCAUGCCCAAAAGGGCAGCCUUUUUCCAAUUUGUUAAGGGACUUGAGGCGUUGCAUUGCUGUACCAAUGUGGUUAUGAUAUGACCUGGAGAGGUCGUUAUCUAUCAAGAAUUUCCCAAACAAGAAGAGAUCGGUAAAGGAAAUGUCUGGGAUAUGUAUUUCCGCCCGAGAGCGGGCGGCAAUGGGGAUUUUUAUAUGUACUGCAUGAGAACUGUUAUACCAUGUAACAAAAGCUGACCAGUGACUACGCCUCUGCGCCAAUGUCGACGGCUGGAGGCCUAUUUCCAUUGGCCACAGGGCUAAUUCUUGAUUGAAGUGGAGUUGGUUGUCCUUGUUGCGCUGUAGAUUCCUUGCUCGUGUCAGCAUCUUUGAGGAAGGGCUGGAUCUGGGUGGUAUGUUCUUCGAUGAUUUUAGCAAGAUCAGCAAGAAGCCACUGCGUUACUUGCUUAUGGUCUGGCAGUUGUUCACUAAUAUCUACGCUGUUUGUUCGUUGAAUAAAGUCGGGCAUCAUCUCCAUUCGAGUAAGGGCAUCUGCAGGAUUUCGUUGGGAUUUAAUCCAUUUGGUGCAGAGAAUUGAGUCGAUUGUGCAGAUGUCGUCCAUGAUUCUUGUUGCUAGGAGACUACCGAAGGGGCAGGAGGAUUGCCCGUUUACUAAGGAGAACCCAGCCCCAGCAUUGUCUAUGUAGAGAAUGAUAUUGGUGUCAGCUAGGUCGUCUCCAAAGAGUUGAACUGCUACCCAGACUGCAAGAAGUUCAUAGAAAAAGAUUUUCCUGACGCGUAGCUGAAUCUGAUGAAACUGAUUCGGAGACUUGUACUGAGUGAACUUAUAUGAGAAGUGUUUCGGCUUGUCUAAUAAGUUACUGAAGAGCACCCCUCCUAUCCACACUUCCUUGCCAUCUAUCGCCGAGGCAUCUGUAUAGAGCUCUACUGUUUUCCUCCCUAGUUUGGAUUUGUGGAGAGUCAGUGGGGGGCAGCCGAGAAUAGUGUCAGUGAUCGAGAGGAGGAAGGUUGCGAGGGAUGCCCUAACUUUGGGAGAUUUUUUCAGACCUAAAAAAUGAGGCUCAGAAGCGUGCCUGUAAAUGACCGAAACUUUGGCCCCUACGUUCCUGUACUUCCUCCAGUGCAGAUGAUAUGCUGUGACCCCUAGGACUUGCUGGAGGUCAUUGAUUGUGAUAGAGUUACUCUUUAACUUCUGUAUUACCCGCUGGAUUAAGCUGAAGGCCUCUGCCUUUUUGGAUGCUGGCAUAUCUAUUGCUACCGAGCCAUCCGAGAAAGUAGUAAAGUUUGAGCCGAGGACUUCGGUCGAGGUAUCUAGAACACCUAUCACGUCCUUUUUGUCACUAACGACCAAGCCUAGGUGCUUGAGGAAGGAUUUCACGAAGCUGUGCACUUGUUUCGCAUGGUGAGGGUGAGUAAUCAGGAUAAUAUCAUCUACGUAGACUAGGGCAAUGAUGUUGAAUACUUUUUGAAGGCAGUGCUCUAGAAACUUAGACACUGCUCCCGAAAAGUGGAAGACUGAGUGGAUGUUGCCGAACGUGAUAGCUGAGGUCGUUGCGUAUUGUACUUCUUCGAUGUGUGGGUUCCAGAAAUUUAACAUAUAUGCUCCUACCGGUGAGUCAUUUCCUAGUUGGAAGUAUGCACUUGUCAAGUCGAUCUUGCUGAUUACAGGAGUAAAGCUGAUACUCCAGUCAUCUUCUACUUGUACUUCCGGUAGUCCUCCUCCUAUGUGCCGGAGGUCUUGCCAGAUGUGAGUGAGGGCAGCUUCCUGCUCCAUCUGCUCCCUCAGGUGGCGGCGUGUGCGAGUCACUGGUGCAUCUACGAGCGGGGCUAUACAUCGCUGGACUGUCUGCGCAAUAACUGGGAGUCCUGGAAGCGACAUGUGCUCGCUGAUUGCAGAGAGGAACUCAUUGUCGACUGCUUCGUUCGCAAUGCUCCUAAUUUUGGUCCAGGUUUCGCUUGCUUCGUCGUACUUCUGCCUUAGCGAGAAGAUAGGCACGAGUCGGCGAAGUCUUGUUCCGUCGGCGUUGUAGAGGUACCCAUCAGCGCCUUCUUUCGGUUUGGGGCAUGGUUUGGUAGGAGAUGAAAGCCAAGAGGUGGCAUGCUGUUUUUGAUGACGUUGUAUCCACGAUGGAGCGUGUCUUCGGUUUCAAACGGGUAUGGACCAGUUCGGAGGAUGUGGUCUAUCUUGUCCAUCGCAAUCCUGAUUUGUGCUUUCGUAGAAGGGCAUUCUAGUAGCUUGCGGCUUUCUUCGUCUGUUAGGGGCUUGCCAUUCCACACACCAUACCUGUGAUUAUGAGGGUGUAACUUUGGUAUUAUGUUAUUCGGUGGGUGAAGCUAUAGUUGCUACAACUUCGGUUUUGAGUGUAAUGGGUUAGUGCCGAAAGAUUCUGCCCAGGCUAGGAAAGCCUAGAUGCAUGAAGCCCAGGGGACCGUAUACUUGGUCGCGUCUUUCUUUGUCCAUGUAGUCAGAUACUGUCGACCAAAAGAGGAAUUUGGACGCAUGUCGUCUUUCGUAGCCUUCUGGUAUCUGGUUGUCGUUGAUUGUUGCUACUGCUUCCCCUUCUUCUCCCCAAUGGAGGUUGGUGUUGAUCGUGCUGCGAGAAUCGCGGAAGGCUGUCAAGAGUGUCCGGAAUUUCGUCUCUAGGCGGGCGGCUUCCUGCUCGCCAGUCUGUGUGUUGGAGGUAUAGAAAUUUCCUUAUGUCUCUUUGGUUUAGUGUUUAGCUAUAAUUUGUGUGGUCACCUGUUAUAGAAUAGAGGACUGUACCAGCUCAUGCUGGCUUGGUUGACACUGGAAAAGGAUAGUGCUGCGGAGCUGCUCUCCUCCAUACUCGGCUGUGUUCGCCAUGUUUGUGAGAUUUUUCUAGGUCUUUUACUAGUUAUUGCGCCUUGUCCUAGACGUGUGGUAUAUUAAGGAUUUGGAUAGUUAAGGAGUGCGGCAGUUUUGUGUUAUGACUUGUGUUGUGAGGGCUUGUCAUGUAGAGAAAAAGAGAGGAAGAAAAGAGGGAGGACCGAACUGGUUUUGACCGAUAGCUAGUUCGGGGAUCCUGAGGAUGGAAAAGGGGGCGUGGGGAGAGGAAUAGCGAACACAAUCGUAACUCGAUAGCGCAUCAACAUGCGAGGUGAGUUUUCUUAUUUAAUUUCGUCUAGGAGAUUUAAUUUCCCUGAAGAUCACAGUGUUGGCCAUGAAGCUUGAAUUUCCCAAGAUGCAUGGUUUUAGUGCAGAGGUCAUACUGGAUCUUCUGUUUACCCCAACCCAGUGCCGGCCCCUUCCCUAGCGAAGUUCGGCUCUUACUGCUUCACCUCGCAGUGUUGGCACACAAUUCGAUGGUUACAUCCCUGGCAUAUUGGGAUCCAUCGGAUUCCACGCACUGGAUUCGUUUGCAGUGUUGUCGAGGGUUGAGGUGGUUGCUCCAUCUUCACCGGUCCUGAAGUAGUUUGGAGAGAAGGUAAUUAUGUGAGGUUUUCAUUGAUCAACAGGCGGAAGAAUGUUCAUGAUUUUCCUAUAAGAUGAGGGAUAGUACGCGCUAGCUCUGUCUUUUGUAGGCUGCUGCCAGCGUAGCAGUGUCAGUAUGCAUUUGGUGUGAGCAUCCUAGUCUGCAUGAUGGUACAAAUUUCCCUUUUUUGGAGUCCAUUUCGUAGUUUGCCUCGUGGCAGAAGUGGACCUCGCAUUUUCCGUCUAGGUCUGCUUCCUUGAGGCUUGUACUGGAGAGGAUGAGAUCUCGGCACUUUUGCUUGAAGGUGUUUGGAGUUGAUGACUGGUUGCCCUUGCCCUUCUUUCCUUUGCCUUUCCCUUUUUCUCCCUUUUUGGUUUUUGCAUAGGGACCAGCUUCAGAUCCUCGUUGGUAGGAGGAGUACGACUUACCAUAGCUAGCGCUUGCGUUGUGUUUGCCUUGGCCUUUCUUUCCUUUCUUAUCAUUGCUGGCUUUGACUCGAUUGUAGUCGAUUGCCGCUAGUGUUUUGAUCUGCAUGAUGCGGGAUAGAGUCGCUGCUUUAGUUUCUUUUUUGAUGUUCACUCCUGGCUCCUUGGCAUAGCCUGCUACCAUGGAAGCGAGCUGGAGCUGGUUGAGGUUGUUGAGGUCCUUGGCCAGGCCUGGGGUGAGUCUGAUCUCUGUCUUUAGUUCUGUGUAUUUCAGGAAUGAGUCCUCUAGGGCUUUCGCAGCUACUAAGAUGAUCAGCACCAGGUCAAUCCCUGUUAGGAUUUUGAUUAGAUUCUCGUGGUUCACGGAGGAGUAGUCACGAAGUUUGUCUUGCAUUGUGACUGCUCCUGAGAGGAUUUUCUCUGCGGCCUUGAUUGCCAUUGUCAUUUUGUCAGUUGUAAGUGAGAAGAAGACUGGGGGAAUGGCUCCUCCCCUAAAUAUUGUCGAGCUGCCGAGUGUUUGCAGGAUGUCUCUUAUUGCUGCUUUGAUAUUGAAGGGCGUUGCUGGUAGUAGGUAUAGCGAGGUCAUUAUGUCCUCUACUUUAUUGUCGGUGAUGUUUGAGGCAGUGAGCUUGUUGAUGCUGAGGAUGGUGAAGGCGUCUAUGUAUGCCUCUUCUUCAUUCGCGUCUCCUCCUACUUUUGAGCGGACAACUUGCUGGGCUUGUUCGUCAUGCAAGAAGGCAAAGACUGCGAAGUUUACUGUUUGAUCAAAAGGGACUUCUUCUAGUCCCUGUUCGAGGCCUACUGCUGAGUAUGCAGCUCGCUUUACUUUCCUAAAGCAGAGUGGGUUGAUGAUUUUUGGGUCUGGUCUGCCGUUCAGUCCGGGGAGAAAGGCAUAAAGCUGCAGUGCUUCUGGUGGGGCAGCUGCUUCAAGGUCCGGCACUGCUGCUGAGAUUUGAUAGUUAGCUGGUUCUGGAUCUUCGAGGAGUGGGAAUCCCCAUGGGCACUUUCGUGAGCGUGGCCCAUAGAGAUUCGCUCUUCCAUUAGCUGUGCUUUCUGUUCCUCUGUCUUGCAGACAGGGUUCGUCGUCGUUGUCGUCGUCCCAUUCUUCUUGUUUUGGGAGUACUGGGAGCCCGUAGCGAGCGUUGUGCGCAUUAUAACGCUCGCGAGCUCGGGCUCGCUGCUGUUCUUCGGAUUCUUGACAUGAUGGCAUGUGUGCAGGUCUACUAGUCUUUCCUGAGUCCUUUCCUUUUCCUUUUACUAUUUGCAGGCUGCCCUUUCCUUUUGGCGGCCUGUGCGGUGAGAUCUGGUCUCUGAUAGCUGGAAGGUCCUGCGGCUCUUGGUCAUUCCUUCUCCUGCCAGAAGCAAGCUCGUCCUGUUCUUGUUUCUCGUUCGAUUCAUCUUCACUGUCUUCACUUUCUUGCGCGAGCUUGUUGCUACGGUCUGGCUGUUUCGGCUGCCAGUACUUACAGUCGAUGUGUUUAGAGUGUAUUCUGAUGUCAGGGGACGCCGUCUUAUCUAGGCCCCAAGGGAGCAGCGUAGUCUGCUCAUGGAAGGGCUGGAACGUGGCUUUGGAUUCUUUUGAUUUGAUUCGGGUCCACGUGUCUCCUUUGAGUCUGCAUACUAGAGCUAGACUCUGCUGCGUUGCUAUCGAGUUUCGUACUUCUUCCCAGAUUGUGUGUUGUGUUGUCGGCUCGUGUGAGGCCAGCUGGCCAUCUUGUUGGAUGUAGCAGCUGAGUAGAUGGGUGGUGGCGUAGAUCGCAUCUAGUACUUGUGGGUGGACGCCCCUUGAGGAUUCUUUCGCAUUUUCUUUGAUCAUGUGGCAGGAUCCCGAUAGGAUCUCCCACAUCGUGUCUGGGAUGAUGUUGUAGAUGUAUUUUGCGUGCACUAGUGCGUAUCGAUACUGUAGAAUGAUUAUCUUGAUGCUGAGUGGUAGGGCGCUGAAGAGGCACUCUGAGGCGCCUGGCCUUGAUGCUGAGUGGCGAUGUUUGAGGAAUGACUGAUAGAGUACUGGUUCAAGAAACUGCCCGGAACUGAUGAAACCGCCAAGGUUUCCCGGGCAGCCCUCGAUAUUCGCGUAUAGAUCUGCUAUGUCGUUGUUGGUGAUGCGCUUCGAGAUGAAGUCUGUGUCAUCGGCAAAGAGCGAAGUUCUAUCGUUUACUGCUUCUUGUGGCAGGAGCUCUCCUGUGAGGAUUUUGAGAGCUAGUUCUGAUGGUUCUUUUAUUGCUAGGCGCUGGAUUUCGGUCGGGUUUUUUGUUGCGGAUCUUCCGGGGAAGAGCAAUUUGUUCACGUCCAUGCCGUCUUCUAUGUGAAGUGCAUCUUCACACUGUUGGAGAAUGUCGAGCCACUGAAGCAGUGUAUUCUCGCCAUAGUAGAAGGAUGGACGAGAUAUGAUCUCAUGCUGAUCAAGAAAGGCGGCAAGGUCUUUCGAUUGCUGAAGAGCUCGCUUGGCUUCUAGGUGAGAUCGCUGCUGAAUGAAGGGCAAGUCUGGCACGUCUCUGUAGUUUUUAGGCCAGAAGUGGUCCACUUCCAUUGGCUUGGGUUCUGAUGGAGAUGCCGAUGGGGCCCCUUUCCCUGGGGCGGGCUGACUUGAAUCCACAUUCAUACUUAUCUGAGGAUGGAGGGUUUCUUUAGUUAAGUCUUGUGAUUUAUUAAGAAUUUGAGAUCUUUGGUUCAGUUAUUAUCUUAAGAGGAGUUUCACUUUACUCAGCAAGUCAUCUAGCAACUUUGAAUCUUGAAUUUUGAGUUCUGUAUUGUCUAAUAGAGAGUCUUGAAUUGUACUACUCUGACAUGAUCCAGCUAAGGAGGACCUUUUCCUUUCUGCUGAGCAGAGUUGGAGCUGGAUGAUGAGGAUUUUGACCAGGAGUUCUUGCUUUGGUUUGCAGAUGUUGUAUUCAGCUUUGUCUUGGCCUCGAUCUCGUUGUAAACCUGUCCCACUGUCUUGAGAGAACGCGUGAUGGCGUGGGCUUUGAGAAUCUCGGCCGCCUUUUCGAUCGACAGGGGAUCCAGGAGAUCUGUGAAAGGUUUGAUGAAGAGUAUCAUUCGGUGAGUAUAUUUAAAUUUUUUGAAUUGUCCAUCUGAUGAAAGGGCAAGUAACCCUUUGGGUCUGCUACCUGCUUAUUUUUUGGGGAGCAGCCCCUGUUUAGAGGAGCGCCUGGCGUUAUACCAUGGGUGCUCAACUCUUCUUGUAAGAUAUAAAGGGAGCAAUGAGGCAGAUGAGAAGGCCUUCUUAGAUGCUCUAACCUUUCUUUAUUCUGAGCGCACGGACUUUUGCUCAGUGAAGGGCUGUGCUAUUGGGGAGCAGCCCCUGCAGAUCAUUAUGAAGAUACUGAACACUUGGUGUCUGGGGAGCAGCCCCUGCUACUUGGUAAUAUCUCUGUGAAUAGGAGGGAGCAAUGGCACUUCUUUUAUAGGUUGUGCUCUUAGAUGCUCAACCUCUUUUCUGAGUUGAAAUUUGACUUUGAUUUUUUCUUGUCAUCUAGUCGCUGACCACCUCGAGAGUUUCCACGCUCACUGGAAGGUGCGUCCAAAGGAGGGUGCCGACAAGGAUCACAGGUAAAACGUAGGUGCCGACAAGGGUCAACGGUAGGAAACGAAGGUGCCGACAAGGGUCAAUGGUAGGAAACGAAGGUGCCGACAAGGGUCAACGGUAGGAAACGAAGGUGCCGACAAGGGUCAGAGGUAGGAGACGUCUCGCUGAUACUGGAGGCGGUUCGGUGUACGCGUCUGCUCCCAUUUUUAUUGAGUCAAAUGUAUAAUGUGAGUAUAUAAAGUUAUAGUUUCAAAUGAGUCCUAUGAAUAAAGAGGGAAGGUUAUUACCUCGCUGGAUUUCUUCGUUUAGGCCAAAGAGCUUGUUGAUAGCUCGCUUUUCCAGCUCCCUAUCAAUCUCGACUGUUUUUAGGAGCUUCGCGUCUUCAGCCUUUUGAUUCGCGCGGUCGUUGUCUUCUCGUUUCUUCCGUUCUAUCUCUGCUCGCUCAAAAGAAGCUGAGAGUUUCUCGGAGAAGGCGAUGUCCUCGAGAGUCUUCUUUUUCCACCUCUUUCUGCCUGUGUUAGGACUGGAAUACCUAAGCCAGUCUGGAGCUCCAAGUUGGAUCUCGUGUUGAGAGGGACCAGGCGACCUGGAACCUUCGUCCUCAGGAAAUAGGGCCUCCGCUUGUGGGUCGAUGGAUUCCUCUGGGGCCUCUGCCGCUGGGGCCGUAUAGGCCUCGAGGAAGAUACGAGGCUUCGUUGAGACGCCUGUUUUCUUGAGACGCUUGCUCGGUCUGUAUGCUGCACUGGCUAGGUCAUCAGCUAGAAGCUGUUGCUUACUCAGAGAAGGAAUAUCUUUUGAUGAGGAGUUCUGACAGGAAGACAUUUGUAAUAGUUUUGGAAGCAACUGACCGAGGAAAAGACUAUGUUUUUAGUGUGUUAUAUCUGAGGAUCUGAGCGAGGUCAACUUGAGGAUAUGCGAUAGGGGGCAACUGCGUGAUUUGGGUUACUUUCUCUCGUUUUAGGUUCACCGAUCUUCGAGUCUAAAGAAAGAAGGUUGCAGGUAUUCAUACCGAGGAGAAGAAAACAGGGUUGUUGUGCCGAUUCUUGUUUGACCGAGUUAUGUGAGCAGGACUGGAGAAAGAAAGAAGGAAGGAGAGAACACUGAGCUGCAGAUGUUGAGUGCUUUCUUGAAUAUGUUUUCAUGAUCUGGGUAUCCAUGUGCAGAUCGUGCAUAUUGGCUUUAAGAACAAAGGGAGUAUCGCGUUGUCAUGUGGUGAGAGUUAGUCCUUCUUAUCUGGUCGUGAGCUCGGCUGAGCCUCUUGUUUGAGACUAUCUGAGCUCUUCUUGAAGUACUCGUGCGGUGGUCGUCGUGUUUCGAUUCCCUUAAAGCGGCGCGCAAUGUAUAGACCUUUUGUUGUUGUAGGUCAAAGCUGAUUCGAUUGAGGUUGAGGCUGCUUCUAUUUUCUGUGCACUUUUAAUUAUUAUGUUAUACUGCAUAAAGAGUACCUUGGAGCUCUUCGACGUGCUCCCAUGACAGGAAGAGCGAGAGCUCGUAUGCCUCCGAGAUCGUUUCGGUAGCCCGCGCGUUUCUCAUUUCCCAGAAGCCAAUAUUCUGUAGCUGCGCGGCUGUUGCGAGCAGCAGCCCAAAGAAGAUGCUGUCUCUCGCCGUCAUGCCAGCCAUGCAGAAGACUGUCGAAGUCAGAGCUAGUUCAACGUAGAGAGGUGCGAUGAUCCUCUUCGUCUUCCAGAGGAGUUCGGACAGGAGGUGAAUCAUCUUUGUUAUUCCGGAAUGGACCCUUCUCAGUUUAUUGCUGAAUUACCCUUGUCUACUUUCUUUUUUAUUUUGUGAUAGUGGCCUUUUGAGGGGGUGUAAUGGUGGGGUGGGUUCAUAGGGAUAAAAAGAAAGAAAGAGUCUGUGCACUUUAUCCUUGUUCCGAUUAACCGAUCACCGAUUGGUUUUUGUUUUCGUAGGAGCUUAAACAAAGAACUCUUUGACUGAUGGUGGCUGAGGAAUCGGCCGACCUCAGUGACGUUAGUACAAGGUCCACGAGGCUGUGUGAGGUUGUUCCUUUCUCACUGCAGUUAGCUUUGUUUCAGAGUUCUGAGUUACUGUAGUUUGACGUCGAGUGCUUCAAGGAGAAACUUAGCUAGUUCGGAAACGACCUUUCUUUUGAUGGAGAGCUUUGCUCCAUCCGGAAACUUUACUUUCAACUUCAGCUCAGCGACUUGCUGGCUGCUUACUUGUUUUUGUCCGUCCAUGCUGUCGUCUGAGUCUGAGUCUGAUGACCCAGCCGAUGACAGCGUCUUUGCUACCGUUUUCGACCGAAGAGUUAAUGACUGACGCGGUAUCAGAGUUACAGCAUUCGCUCCUGUUGCUACUUGCCGUGUCGCCGGCGGCGAUAUUGGAGAGGUCAUCGCUUUGUCUGGGUCAGUGAAUCUAGAUGUUGACGUAGGCAUGGUCUCUUUGCUGUGAGGAGAGCCUAUAGGGAUUGCGUUUUCUUUCAGAUUUACUGUCAUGUCAGGUGAGUCUGAGUACGUUGGCGUAUAUCGUCGUGACUUUGGAAACCGAUUUUUUGUACUUGCUUCUUGUUCACCUCGACCGAUUUUGAACGAACAAGUGGUGACUCUUGGCCCCUUUCUGCAUGUUGUAUCUUCAUUCUGACAUACUUGCUGCAUCGAUUUACUAACCUUGUGCUAGAUAUGCGGCCUUGUUGUGAAGUGCGAUGCCUUAUGAUCAAGAGAGAUGUUUCCAAAGGAUUAUCACUCGGGUAUUCUUUCGUCAACAUACUUGCUUCUUUUCAUAUUAUCUUAUGCAGUGGCUUGCUGAUGAUAUGGCCAAAUACUAUUUGUCUUGGUUAACUGGAUGGUUAUUUCUUGAAAUCUAUGAAGAAUCUACUAUCUUGAGAUGUCAAAACGAGUGUGAAUACCCCUUGGGGCUGCUGAUGUCUAAAUGAGUUAUAACCGAGGUUGAUCAAGAAAGUUUUCUAAGUUUUGCUAUCGGAGAGAAUUCAUCUUCUUGCUCAUCUAGAGCCUGUUCGUGCUUCUGUCUGCUGAACGACUCUUGUGCAGACUGCGCUGCUGCCUCCUUGUGCGCACCUGAUCCCCUGAGGGGAUCCUCCUUCACAUCGUAUUUUGGGAUCGAGCCUUGCCUGCUCAGACCCACUAGGGCCUCUUCUUCUCCGAACAACACGUUAAGCACGUCCUUCUCGUUGUCCAUCUGACUGGCUGGGCGAUAGUCUGGGUGUGGUAGUCGCCCAUCUGGAUCUGGGAAGUCGAGGGACCGGAAGGUUGUGAGGACUCUUUCUGCUUCGGCUGCGCUCAUAAACUGUAUGUGUGUGGGUUUGGUGUGUAACUAAGGGAUGAUGAUAUGAGGCAUAUUUAGGAAGUCUUUCUGAAGUUAGAGGUUAGAGUAGUAGUGCACGGAAGGUUGACAUCUAAGUUGAUUUUGAUGUGCGUGUUAAGGUUAAUAAGAUGGUUACUUGCUUCAGGAUGUAGUUACCUUCGUCACCGUUGUUCUUGUAUAGCCUGUGUCGAGUGUCAUGGAGAUCUCGGUGAUUUUGCCGGUGAUUGUCAUAAAGGCCCUGUCUGCCGGUUCCAGAUGGGGCUGAGGCUGACUGAUAUGGUUCGGGUUGAACGAGAUCUUCUCUGCUGAUGACUGCUCGGCUUUGCUGGUCAUUUUGUGUAGAGAUGUGUUUUUGUCUUAUUCGAAGAAGGUUGUUUUCUGUAUUUUGAGGGUAACAAAGCUUUAAUAGAUGGAUAGAUGAGAUUUGAAGAUGAGUGUGGUUGUCAUGAGUAUGUUUAGAAGAAAAAACAAGGGAGGGUGUCAAGUGCUCACCUUCUAUUCUUGUGUGCCGACCUUUGCCAACAGAUUCGUCUCUUCAGCCCAUGAAAAAGAAAGAUUGAGUGCGUCAUGGGAUCCUGCCAGCAAAUCGUGGCGUUUUGAACGUUCGAGUUCACCUUGUUUCGUGUCGCAAGGUCCUCAGUUCGGACCGAACACGAUUGCUUGUUUACCAGAGAAUUCGCUAAUUGCGAGUGAGAGAUGGAUCAUUGAUCCUAGAGGGCUCCAUUAACUAAUGGAUUUGUCAUACAGGUAUACUUGAGGACAAAUAACAGGAUCUGAGACUAAUAGCCUCCUAUCAAGUUACUGGAACUUAGUAGUUGCUUUCUGAAGAAAACGGGCAGUCUUCCAACGGAAUCCUACUCGAGAUCGCAACUCUAAGUACCACUACGCAACCUUUGAACUGUGAUUUGAGAAUCCCAGUAUAAAGGUCAUAGUUGUAUCGAAAAACCAGCCACAUCAUCAUUAUCCACUUACUUCAACGUAUCUCUUAUUGCUUAUCCCGUAGACUAUUAAUAUAUCUGGGACUAAAUAAAAAGUAAAGUGUGUCGUGGGUCAAAGAUAAAGAAGCUAGGACGACCACUCCGGUCCAGGUAUGUUAGCUCUACUAAAAUGCGUUGAAAAAUUGAAGACCGUGAGAUGAAUAUGAACCCGUCCUUCUAUUACUGUACGUAGGUAUAAAUGCUUGGUGCAAAUGCAUGGUCUUCUCACCAUUCAUUUUCAUCCAAGGAAGCCGCGGGGCCGCUUGAAAUUUCAUUGGCGCAAAAGGAAGCGUUACAGCAAAUCAAGAGGCACGUGGAGAAACUCGAUUAAGACCUGUUAAUGCAACUAGUUACCGCCCCACGAAAAGCUACAGCUGGAACGGAUUUGAACAAAGAUAGACAUACUAAUAAAUAUUUUUUAUAUCACCUUCAGCGCUACGUACUUCUAGUUGUACUUGUUGUAGUUUCUCCUCCUGCAAAGAUCAUCAUGCGUAGCCACAUGGCCUCCAACGAUUACAACGUAUUGGUACUUAUCUCUAAAUCAUAAAACAAGAUGCGAAAGCGUCUGGUCCUUCGAUGAACACGUGGGAAGUGCCUCCGAGAUGGGUCCCGACUAUACGCCUGCACAACAUAUAUUAUGGGAAACUAAAGUUUCUAGAUCUACAACUACAUCUACUUGUUCUAAUCAUGAUGAAGAUGUCCUUAUCAUGAUUAUUGAUAUUGAGUAACCUUUUAGUGAAGCAGUCGAAGCAGUCGCGAUGAAAUAAAGCUCCACCUGCAUCGCGAAUUUAGAUAAUGGAUUUGAGGCAUGAAGUGUGGACCUUCUCGUGCAUGUCCAUGUGCCUCUCGAUUAUUUUUAGGUAAACUACUAUCACCACUCAACUACUAUCACCACUCAUAAGUUGCCUUUGUCAACUUGUACAUCUACUAGUACUACUACUACAACUAAUUCUACAACGCCUCGACCUCCUACUAGUUUAAUACUAAGCCUACUAUCAGUCACUACCCCGGCCUACUAGAUCGCUCCCUCGUCUAAUUAUGUCGUUGCAUGCAUGGGUCGCCUGCGUUGUAUUGGGAUACGAACAUUCAGGCCAACGCAAAGCCCUUCGUUGCUAGCACAGCCUGCACUUAUGCCAAAACAACAUGCUUUUUAGAAGUGUGCGUGUAGCUUCAUGUUCAUCGUGGUCUCCUUGUGUAAGUAUGAAUAUGAGCUCACCGAGAAGAAGCAGAACCAGAAGCAACGAAGACUUCGCCCAACUUAUAUUGAGUCUUACCGUUAUGAUCUCUACUACCUAGAAGACAACACCUAGAAGACAAAAAGCGCCUUUCUUCCACUAGUUUAACAAGCACCCCCUUCCUUAGAUCACCUCUACGGGUAUAAUUUCAAGCACCAUAUCGUAGAGGGUCUUAACCUCUUCGGUGGUGAGCCCCCCUUACCCUUUCAUUGUGAUACGAAAAAGCUAUGUGGAGGGCACUCAGCCGAGAGCACUCGCGAAAUGAAGGCUGGGUGGUAUAUGCUUGGCGAAAACAUCGCUUACGCCAACAUCAUUACGCAAGAACGUACUCUACAUGCUUGUACAUUAUUUACGUAAAUACAUGCUUGUACAUGCUUGAUGUAGGAAAUACAUGCUUGUACAUGCUUGAUUUGAGGCUCAGCUUUCAGUGGUCAUUAGGGUUGGCCACUGAGAUCGAAGAGGCGACCUUUUGAGAGAACAGGGGAAAACGAAGGGAAAGGGGAGAGCUUUGAAGGGGGUCCCUUCCGUUCAGAGUCAGCGACCAUUGAAGGCUGAGCUUUAAUUGAUGUAGGUGGACCAUGCUGAUUUACAUUGUUGCAGUUGUUGUUACAAUUUUUUGAAUUUCCUUAGAGAAGCGAAAGGCCUUAUGCAAUUUCCUUAGAGGAGCAACUCUUCUAGUCAGAAGGAGCUAGAUGUCCUUGUCCUACAACCUCCGUACAUGGAUCAUGAUCAUCUCGGAGACAAAAUAUUCAUAUUCAUAAUUAUACUGAAUCAUCCGAAAAGCUACCACCCCCACCAGCACUUGGCCUACGUAUUGCGACACGUCUCUGGUAUGAAGAGGAAAUUUGCCUGGCCAACGGACCAAACGCUGUUAAGGCAUUUUACUAAAAAUGUCCGAUCCAAGUAAAAAGUAGAUAUCUGAUAAAGAAGUUAAUACUAGAUUCUUUGUUUUGCACCACUAGUUUCCAAGGAAAAGAACAGUCCAACUCCAAUUGUUCUUUUGGUUCGUUUCACUUCUUACUUGCCGGCUUGUUUGCGCUUGCCGAUUUCGAUGCCGUCUAGUUCUUCUACUUCUAAAUAGUGAAGGAAGCCAUGGGGAUCCACAUAUCAACCCGCGGACCACGCCAGAGGUUAUCCGACCGGUGAAUUCGCUUGGCUCGCACCAUGGGUGAACAAUACUGCUUACUUUGGAAAGGGAACGGUUUCCACACACGACGACUCAUGGUAAAAAUCAAUAAUUCUAGAAUAUGUACUUAGGACAGACAGUAGUUGCACUUACACGUCGCAGCAAUACGCAUUAUGAUGCAUGCCUAGUAGUAUCCAUGAUGAUGUUGACUCUGACCAGUCAAGGUGUAUAGAGGUCCCAAAACCAAAAGCAAGAAAAACUAAUGGAUUGAAUUUAGCUGCCUGCCGCGUGUGGUUUUCCUAUUUCGCUCUCAUGGAAGACCACAGGUUGUGGCUGUGGCUCGAAGACGUCCUUGACCCCUAAGCCACCUUCAACUGCUUAGUGGGGAGAUCAUCUUGUUGACCCUAGAAGCACAUGAUUAGACAGGAGUAGCUCAUCUUGGAUGAUUCCCACACACACACACGACAUCUUGUUGACUCUAGAAGCACAUGAUUAGACAGGAGUAGCUCAUCUUGGAUGAUUCCCACAUACACACACACGACAUCUUGUUGACUCUAGAAGCACAUGAUUAGACAGGAGUAGAUCAUCGUGCAUGAUUCCCACACACACACACGCGCAGGGGACACUACACACAAGUAAUUUGGAAAGCGACUGUGGCACUAGGUUGUGAAGAUGCGGUUGCUUCUGGUACCGAAUGCUCAGUUAAGGUUCAUCAACGAGCUCUUGAUGUAAUUGUAUACCCCUACUAAACUACAAAACUACAAAGCAUAUCGUCUCUCGUAUCGUUUUUUUACAUACCCAUUCCAAUUAUAAAUGCAUCUUCCCUUAUAAAUAUACGCCAUCGCAAAUAAAGAUGUACAACUAGUAGUGGCCCAAUAAAAGAAGAUGUACUGAACCGCAAUCGUGGAAAUCUCAAUCUCUAAAAAAUCUAGCGGAUGCUCAUCGUGGAGCGGUGUGAAUGUGGCGUGUCAGUAUGGGGAUUUGGGAAACACGUUAAAUCCGGGACAUUACGCUGCGAACGUGUUUCCUUUCCUAAGGCACUUCAGGAAGAUAAUUCACCUUCGAUUUCCUAAACCCGUGGGAUAUCCUUUCUACAUGCGGAUAAUCUCAUAGAGUGCAUAAGCUGCUGCAUGCAAUUCUUUCACAGAGUAAGUCAAACGGUGGCAUCUCUAUAGGACAAUAAUCCACCUGGCGCGGUAUAAUUUGCAUUUCUUCGUGGAUUCUGACAGAAUGUGAGUUCUUUACAGGAAAUGAAUUAUCGCUCUAAUUCUCCAGAAAACGUUCGAUCAAUGCAAAAACGCUGGCGAAAAUGAGCACACUAUAGCGGGUACCUGCUACUGUUCAAGAAGACUGCAACAUUUUUUGAUUUCUGAGAGUUUUUAUUGUAUACUAUAAGUGUGCAAAUAAUGCGCAUGAUUUUUCGUUUUCCACCUGUAUUGUUCUGGUAUUUGGUAACCUCCUGAAUUUGAUCAUAAGGGAAAACAAGAUGAAGAUGAAGAGAACCCUUGUGAUCAAUUUCAGGCUACCAAAUACCAGAGCCAUACAUUUCCAAAUUAAAACACAGGUUCCGUAACAAUCACUUUCGGCAACUCUCCAAACAUGGACGAUCCAGCACAAGCGCUAAGGCUCUUAAAGAAGUGUAGUACAACUUACUCGAAAACUGAAAAUAACCGAGUAAGUGACUGAAAUAAGGGAGGUAAGUAGGUUUGACAGGGCUACUCUUCCUUGUUCAGGUUUAACUGUGCUUAUUUCAAGUAAUUACUCGGUUAUUUCAGUUUUUCGAAUAGUUGUUCCUCAGAUAUAGCUGUGAGUGUCUGCAGGGAGAAUGAGAAGUCAUCUACUUGCUGCAAUUCUACCACAAGGCCCUUGAACUACUCAUUCUCAAAUAAGUUCUAGUAAAAGAUUCUAGCGACAAUUCGCCAUACAACCUGGUAUAUCAACACAAUCAUACGGAGGUAGUCACCAAGAAGGGUGCCUCUAACGAAUUUCCUCUACACCAUUGAGCAGUAUUAUGGAGGGUGCGGUGGCGCCAUUCAGGCUAAUUGUCCGAAUUGGCGCAUGGCGAAGUGCUCAAUGGACGCUAUCAACAGGGUUUUCCGAAAUAAAUUCGACUCAAAGGGCGCACCUGAUCUCUUCAUAUCCUUAUGACCUGAUCUCUUCAUGUCCAUAGGUCGUCCUGUUCGUUGAAAAAAAAAGCCACAGGUCCUCGUAGGGGUACAACUUACAGGGGGACAAGCCAGAGGAACAAGCACAAGCCUCUCUAUUGUCCUUACUUAGGAUCAGAGAGACACAAAAUUAAGAUUAACUUCAUCCGAAACGUUUUUUUUUAACGCUGUCUAAUUAAAGCCAUAACAGAGGGCGGGGGGUACAAGGGUCCGGACUCUUGCGUGAAACCAUCCGACAGAACGCGAGAGUGGUCUUUUUACUUAAGGAGGUCAGCUUUUUUCCAUCUUUUUUCUCAGCAUCUCGGUGCAACCCUCUUCCCUUGUUUUUACUGGGAAAGGGUCGAGAUGUUGAGCAGGGGAUCGAGAUGCAUAGAAGCUGCCUGACUCUAAUCUAUUACCGCGUGCGAGGUGUUCCGAGUACCUUGGCUCGCUCAAUCCUGGCAGACCUACAAGCCGACUACCCCGAAGGCGACCCCAUGCUUGACGAAAUAAAAAAAGAGUGCGAAUCCAGCGAUUACUAUGAGCCCAUGGAGGUGAUCGUGAACGUGAUAGAGAUCAUACUCAUAGAAGUGAUUCCAAUGAGUAUUCGUAGAGCAAAAAUCAGCAAUAGCAAGUAACUACAACUAACAACUGAAAUAAGUAGUAGAGGGUUAACUAUUAUGGGCUUUUCUUUGUUCAGAAGUAUCUCGCAGUCAGAUUCAUCGGUAUCGGAUGAGUUAUAUUUAUUUAUAAAUAUUACUCUUGCUCUUCCUUAUAAUUAUCGUUUUUUGUUUUCUAAUUUUUCUACCCCUAUAUCACGAUGCUGGGAAUGUUCAAGAUGGUCGGAGGCCCUUUAGGGAUGCGCAAAAGUGCUGAUGCUCCGACUGUAAUCCCGCCUCUGCCCGAUGAAGACUCUGGCUCAGGCAGCUCCGCGGCUGCAGCUACUACUACAAUUAAGGGUAGUUGGAGGUUCACUAUCACUUCUCUGUGUGCGCAUAUCUGUGACCUUCAUGCUUCAUCUCAAGUAGAAAAUUCAUAGAUAUCAUGCGACUGCGAGAUAGAUAGAUUGGCCAGCUUGCGGCUGCUAAUACGACUGCAGCUCCAGCAUCCGCUGCUACGACUACAACUGCAGCUCCUACCGUUACUACUGCUGUGGCAACCACGACGACUGCUGUGAGUGCAGCCAUUAUGAAGCAUGAUGCGUGGUUUCUUUUGCUCCAUACCUACUUAUUGUCUUUCUGGCGCGCCUCGUCCACUCCUGUCUCGUAAGCAACAUCAAGAGGGACACACAGACAAACAUUCUGGUUCCACUCCUUCUAGUAGUAGAUGUACGUAUUCUACUUAGUUCGUAAUAUAGUAACAUACUCAUACUCUCUCAUCUCUAAUCUUCAGGCAGUAUCGAUGAAUACUUACCAAGUUCCGACACGCUGGCAGCCAACCUUGCGUUUACAAAACAUCUACCGAUGCAUGCAUGGCUCACCACCGCUCUACUGUUAAGAAAGGCUUUUGAAACUGAGUGUGAGAGUGAGUAGCGUUAACACGAAUUCGAAAUAUUGCUAAAUAUUGUUUAAAUAUAUUUAAGGUUUCUAGUGGAGGAAGCUGGUUCUACGUAUAUAGAAACCUUGAAUAUUCGAAAAACUGAAAUAAGCUGUUCUAAUUCUAGGAUGCAAAGGUCGAGGAGAAUUCACGCAAGUGGACAGAUGGGGCAACAUGCAAGGAUAACAAGCUGUGCGCUGGGGUUCACUCAGAUGAUUAUGAUGCUAAAAUUUGAUGCUAGAGGAAGAUCAUUAUAGCGCGAGGCAGCUGCACAGAAAUGAAACUUAAACUACCUGGUUCGUCUUCGUUGUGCGAAAUUUAUUUUUAUUUCAUGAUAUAAUCUUUAUCUUGCAUUAAAUCUGACCACAGGGCGGGGGUACCGUCCAGCCCUACAUGAUCAUAUAUACAUAGUAUAGUCAGACUCAGCACUUCGAGCAGUUUCUUCUAAGAUAACUCAACAAGGGCGAAUAUUGCUGGCUUUGCGGCGCUGGGAGAAAACAUUGCGUAUGGGAAUGUCAUCGAUGAGACCCCUUUUGGUCUCCGUCUCGCGAGUCGAAUGUGGUAGUAUGGCGCGUAUCCACAUGAUCAAGCUGUUACAGCAAGAGCAACGGCAUCUGCAAGUGCAACAGCUACUAAAAAGUAGUGCUUGUAAUAUUAUAUAUGUUCCAGGGGUGGAGGCUCCCGCCCUGUGGAUGGAGCGGUGGUGGCUUUUGGAGGGGUCGGCGGUGGGCUUUUGGAGGCCUUCCCGCCAGGCCGUCCCUCGUGAGGGGCGGGAGGCCGCCCCUCAAAAAGUUAGAUCGGGUGUGGUAGUAUGGCGCGCAUCCAUAUCAAGCACCCUAGACCUAGUAUGUACUAGGUUUAUUUUAGUACAUCAACUCAUAGUACUUCUCAAAAUUUCUAACCUUCCGAGGAUGAGAUUUGUUUAACGACUGCGGAGAAGCCGGAUGUGGGGCCGGUGAAGUGGGGCACCGAGUACACUCUUGACCAACAGCCUAGCGACUGGCCAGGUACCGGAGAUUGGGCAUGGCUUGCUCCUUGGGUCAAUCGAACCAAUUUCAUCGGAAAAGGCGAAGUAUUAGACCACAAUUCGACGUGGGGACAUUAUACCAACCUUAUUUGGAAGGAAACUGUUGCGUUAGGAUGCGCGGAUACUGCUGUUGCAGCGGCUGACAGUGGUAGGAACGUCAUCUGCCAAUACGGAGGCUCAGGAAACGUUGGUGGCCCAACUGCGUACACGAAAAAUAUUUACGGUCGGAUAGUUCUUCUUGAGUUCUUUUUGUAGUGGAGUAGGACCAGCAGCCCGUCAUCUACAACUCCACUAGGAAGAUCAGCUACAACUGGGUGUGACUUUUCGGAAGUUUCUGGGAAGAUUCUGAGAAGGUUCUGGGAAGUUUCCAGAAAGUUUCCCAGUCGUGACUGGGGUAAGUUUCCUGAAAGAUUCCGAGGCCAUUGCUAGCGAGAAGGCGGGGUAGAUUCAUCCGGGAAGAUUCUGGGAAGAUUCCGGGAAGUUUCUCCCUUCUUAGUAUUCACGUGGAUCCAUGUACAUAAUUUGUAGUGGAGUAGGACCAGCAGCCAAAUCAAAAUUUUUGAAUUCAAAAAGAUCAGCUACAACUGUGGCGAUGAAGAUCAUACAACUGUUAUAUACAUAUAUAAAAUUUCUUGCUCUGCUGGGAGCUCAUUUAUUUUUAUUCGUCAACGUGUUGCCACAAAAAUGUAGUGUCGCCCCAUUUUCAUAACACUGCUGGCCUUGUGAAGACAUACGACGAGUGCAAGACUGCAGGGGAAAACGAGCACAUCGUAAAAGGUACUCGAGGACACACACACAACUACUUGUCAUUAUUAUGAAAAAGAAAAUUUUUAAUAGGCUUUGGUGCUAUUCUUGUUGCAUGGAAACUGUACCGUGAUUGAAGAUGAAGAUCUUUUACUUUAUGCCUCAUUACCACUGUAGCUACCCUUAUUACCACCAUGAUUUAGUUCUUGUUCUGCCAUGAAAAUUAUGAUUGUUCACAUUUUUCAGGUUCCCUGAUGUUUACCUUUGGCGAGUCACAGUUCUUGACAAAGGACACAUACGCAAGCUUUCAAACCGCGGAUGAAUACGGAGCUUGUGCUGGGAAGACGCAGAGUGAGUUUAUGGCAUUGUUCAACAAAUCCCUCACCAUCUACUCCUUCUAGAGCAAAAAUAUCUUGGGGCUUCCCUUUCGGUUCCUGAAGGAAAUGGAAGAUUAGUGACCUCCAUGAAGAUGCUCCUCCUAGAGAGCAGGAUGUUGGGUUUUUUGGCAGGAUAUCAUCAUCAUCAUCACCAUGGUAGUUCUUCUUCUAAUGACAGCGUGACUGACGAUAUCGCUGCCUGCGUUGCUGGUGGCGUUAGUUUGUAUCUCAAAGAGCGAACUGGUUCAGAUCUAGUUGCUGUCCCUGUGUCGUUCAGACGAAACGGCAGAAUUUGGAAACAACCUGACAGGUGUAGCUCUCCCACAGCGAGUUAUGUGUAGUGCUCAUGAAGCAUCUUGUGUUGAUUUCAUCGUUUUAGAUAGCAGCAUCGUCGAUGAGGUGUUUUCAAGUUCAUGUUCACUUUCAGGCACUUCCUAAAUUUUGUUCCCAUGUGUAUAGGAUACCAUCAACGUCUGUUCGAGACACGACCAUAAUCAUGAAAAAGCAGUACUCACAAAACUAAGGGCAGCAUCCUGAAAAGCAUCCUGAACGACCACCACCACCAUCAUCAUCACCAGCAUCAUCAUCAUCAUCGACACCAAAAAGCACCUGCGCCACCCUUCUUCUCUACAUUCACUUUCCCGCUCCCACAUCAAUCACAAAUUGAUACCUCCUUCUAAGAAAACUCACGAAAGUGGGCGUUUUAUUUCUACGUGCGUUCUGUUCCAAGUGCAGUAGUAGAGGAAGUCAUCAACGAGUUCGAGAGGACGCAUGCAGCAGACAGUGACUUAGUUAAGACAAGGAAGCGAACAUUUUCAGUGUCGUCUUCGGCUUCUUUUUCAACGAGAAAAAGAAGGCUGAGCCUUCAAGGCUCCAAAAAAUAGGGCGCACUCAAGGAUGUUGUUGCGACGCGGCGGCCCAAGAAUAGCUCUAACUUAGUUGAGAAAGUGCAGCUAGUCUGUUCAGAAAAUGCAGCAGCAAAGGACACUAUGCUCACCUACAUCGGCGAUGCCCUGGGAGCAGAAAAAAACACGGCAUUCUUAUGAUACAGUGUACUUACUUGCGUAUGUGUAAGUGUAACCAUCCAGCAGAGUCGCAUUUAUUUGCUUUUGAUCUUUAAUAAGAGUCACUAAGUCUAAGCAUGUUCUGAGUUGUUCUAGGCUCAGAAAGAUUUUGUUUGUUUCAGAAGAUAUUAUCAAGUUCUUUGAUAUUCCUCGGACUCCGGACUCGGUCCACCUCAUCAUUAAUUAUCACUAAGCAAGUCGACGCUACGUGAGCGUGAUUCUUGCUCAAUCAUCAAGAAUCGCAACUAAUAUCAUCAAGAACCGCCACCUCGUCUGUAAUCAUCAAGAAUCGCAACUAUCAUCAGCAUCAACAUAAUUUUGCUUGAUAACAUUCCCCUCUAACAUGUUCCCAAGAGGUGAUACCUCCACCACCGGAAGGCGGUGCUGCAACCGCUGCUCCACUUACAACAACCACUGCACCUCCAUCGCCUGGCCCGGCUGUUACCACGACAACAGCCGAACCGCCAACUCCGCCGAUGGACCUUGCAAGGAGUCUCUCAGUCGAAAUGGAAAUUCUACCCAGCAUUAUGAUCAGCUUUUACCCGCCAUCUUUCUUAGCAUUUCGGGAACCAGUUUUCCUAUGAAAAACAAGGAAAGAUGGGUCAUCGGGAUGAGAGGACCGACCCGAGAUGAAUAUUAAAGGCUGACUCUAACACCAGCGGGCUAACUGCAGAAACUCUGAAAGCCAGCGACGCCUUUAUCAAGAGUCUGAAGCAAGCGUUUUCGAUGAUUUUCGACGGAAUCGUGCAGGAGAGCGAUGUGAAAGACCUCGAAAUUGAGAUCGACGCAUCGGCGGCGGUUGUGUUGGCGGAACGAACUUAUGCAUAGGAAUAUAAAGAUGAAAAUAUUCUGGCUUUCGAUUCGGAAAGAGAAAGGAUAAAGAAGUUGAAGUGUGGGCUUCUUACCUGCUUCUAGCUUUAUUCUUUUUCAGUGUCUGCUACAUGGAUUUUGUUUUUGUAGCCAUCGACACGAUAAUAAUGUUAAAUUCAGCCAAGAUGAAUAAUGAAUUUUUAUAGUAAGUUAGUAGUUCAUCUAAGUAGAAAGACACACGAUCACGACUGGAAUGCAGCUACAGAAGAACAAGGAGCCCCACAGCAUCUCGAGCAUGGUGAAUGGCCGCAAGAAUAAAGCUGCAGCGUUCUACAGAGCAGGCGCGGGAGCUGAUAAGCUUAAGGCCGCUGAAGAGCGUGAGAAUGAGAAAUACAUGAUCAUGAUCAAUCUUGAGUUUGCGUGAGGAUUAGAUUAGAAGCGCUAUGCACUGCAAAGAUCAAAGAUCGACCCGAAAGCGCCGUGCCACCUUCUAAUAAUACGACCAUGAGUGGCAAUCAAGGUGGACAACUAAUGGCGAAGCACAGCAGUAAGAAGUAUGCGGGUUCCGCAAUGAGAAAAAAGAGCGCUGCUCAAAUACAACAAAUGUACAAAAACAAGAAUGUUGACAAGAUGGCUCAGGUGAAGACUAAGAUGGGUCAGCAACAGGCGCAGCAACAGCAGAAGUUAAGGCCAUGGCAUUUCCAUCAACACUUCGCAGAGGUCUGUAAGUGCAUAGUCAGUGUAUGUCAUUUACACGACAAAUAGCAUCAGUUAUCGCAACUCUUCUAACGACCCAACAGCGUGCAACCGGAGGAAUAGAAGUGAAAUAUCAAACGACCGCGACCAUUUCGGUUCCUGCAGAUAAGGUGGCAAAUUUCAACGCAAUUUGGCCUGAUACCGUUAAGGCUACAAGAAAUCCGUCUUCCCAGGCGUCGCAUCCUGCGACCGUUUUCAAGGGGAAAAUAAAGGUUCUAGGAUGCAUUUUAAGGUGGAUUUCUCUUAGUUCUAACGCCGGGAGUAGGCCUCCUGGUGCUAUCGCUGGAAAGUUUCAAGGAGCAUUCAUGGUGGCUUUGCAUCUGAACGGCUUGACCGAAGAGGAGUUAGCAUUAAGGCCAAAAGACGAAGGAGAACUUGAACUACUCGACCUCUUUCACGCUGCGCCUGUGGCGUCCUCGGCUUUGUUCGCUUUGCUUUCUAUGAGAGUGAGAGGUGAGGGAGCUAGCAAAGGUCUUUCUUGGUCAUCUUGCUCGUCUUCAAGGUCGUGAUCAGGCGGGUCUUUUUGGCAAGAACAACUCUUCACACUACAUAAGUACUUACACUCUCGAUGUUGAAGCAAGCAUCAUAUUGAGAAUGGUCCUCUUUCUAAUGACCGUGAAAACCUGCGGUGACAAUGGGGGAGACACGAGCCUCCCCGGAAUGGGUCCGCUUCCAGGCAUCCACGGUCCUCCACCUCUUAAGGCCACUAGUCACUAUUGGUCGUAAAUAUAAUCUCGCCCUUUGUUUACGUUUACCACUAUUGGUUGUAAGUAUGACCACUUUAAGGCCACUUCUUCUAUUGGUUGUAAGUAUAAUCCCGCUUCUUCUUGUUUACUUUUGAAGAUUACAACAAUGAAGGUCAUCAAACAGAUCAGGGUUUUUACCACAUUUGAAGUCUUCUUCUAAUAUCACAGGAAUGGGGCCUGACCCAGGACUGGGAUUUCCUGGUGGAAGUCCCUUCGUCCAAGGACCGCCAGCGGAAACGGCCAUCUAUCGAGCAAUGCUCAUAGAUCUGACACUGCCAGACGGCACGACAGCGGAGACGCUGAAAAUCCAGCACGCUUUUUUAGGGAUUCCGUGCAAGAUGAAAGUCGAAGUAGAACUAGAACAAACUCAAUGAUUUGUUUCCAACAAAAGUAGAAAACAAAAAAGUGUUUUCACUUUCAAUCAUGUUCACAACUUUAUUCGAUAAAAAUGUUGAAGUUCGUUGAUUAGAUUGAUUAUAUCUUCUACAACUUUCACAACUUCACCUUCUUCUAUCCCUUUCUCCAAGUCCCCUAUUCCCCCACCUCCUCCAACUUCCGUGACAAGCAUCAAGGAGGCCUAUGCGGAAAUUUUGGAGGUGUACCAAGAAAUGGUGGUGACGUUGUAUUUGGACAUGAACCCUUACAGUGUUGCACCUCAGGCAUCAUUCAUGACGGAAGCUGUGAUUGGGGUACUUUUUAAUACUGUCAUGUUCGAUUGUGGACCACCACCACGCUUUUUACUUUUUUUUUAUUUUCGUUGUUCUUUUUGAAGGUUAUAUAUAAGAAUAGGGCCGCUAGCCUAGGUGCUCUCCAAGGAUUAGGUCGUGUCCCAGACAAACUACCUUCUUUGUCUGCCUUUUAUGACCACACCAAAAACUCCUCACUAUGAUGCCUGUCUUUCAACACUUUCCCCAAAUGUACUUCUUAUCAUGAUCAUGUAGUGGGAGAUGGCUGUGCAAGGGGUGCUUAUUCAGCCAUCCCUGGCCGCCCCGUGCCUCUGUGUUUUUUCACUUUUUUGAUUCCCCGGGUUUUGUUUUUUUGACUUCGUUCUCCUCCCUUAUGAUUGAUCCUCUGACAGUACUCUGAUUGGAUGCGACAGGUUGGCAUUCUACCUCUAGAUGUAGUAUUUCCAGCACUGUUCUUAGUUCUCUCUGUUAUUUCAAUGCUUAUUAUAUAUAAACUGCAUGCACUUGUUGGUGAUCCAAGAAUCGGAAUCGAUCGUCGCUAACCUUCUCCAGAUCCCUGACGAGCUCCUUGGGAGAGUGAAUUCGAUUUGGCCAAUGAACCCAGACUCCAGUACUUCGAUCAACGUAGCUGACGAUUUUCAAGCUGCUUUGGUGCGGCAUCUUGAAGCAGCUGGGCUUGUGGGGCCGCAAGUUGAGAGUUGUAGUAUCCCAUCAAUGGGUGACGGUGACGAUGGAGAACCUAUCACGCGGCACAUGCUCUUGGGUUUGGAAAUCGGAAGCGGAACAGACCUGGAUAUUAAGAGCAGCCCCAGCCUCUUUGAACAAAUUCAAUUGAGCACGCAGCCUCUUUGAACAACGAGAAGAUAGAGGAACAGUGACAGUUUCCUCCACUUCCAUGAACAACUUCUAUUAUUUCCUCUAAGCUUCGCCUGAAAUCAAAUGUUGGAUUUCAGACUGCUAUAGGCGAAACGUUUACGCAGAUCUUGGGGAUCGACAAUUAAGGCUUCCGGGAAUCUCCCAUUUUGAAAAGCAUCUUGAUGAGGCACCUCUCGAAGGGAAAAACAGACCGAAGAUGACUUUCAAGAUGGAUUCCGGGAAGAUCUAAGACAAUGAUAGAAUCGGAGGUCUGAGAGUAGAACCCGCAGAAGAAUCCCCUGCAGCCGCCUUGUUGAGUCUUCGACGCAAGAAAGAAAUGAAUGUUAAUAGUUAAGGCAGAUGUUCAAUGUCAUUUCAAGUUCAAGUAUCUUCAGUACUACCCUCCAGUGUAAUAUCGGGAUCAGUACUAUCUUGUUCUUGAGGAUAUAAGUAGAAGCAUUUGGGCAUACAGACGAAGAUCACGGAUUUACUAUUCCUCGGCAAACUCUAACUCACACACGGCGGCGAUGGGAGCCGCCAGAUUACGCAGUUCUUCGCCUCAGCCAUGUUCGAGGUACUUUUUCCCAACGACUCCUUCAUGUUCUUGUUGAGCAUAGUGAUGGUGUGAAGAUCCAAGAACGUCAUGAUAAUCCUAUUAUCAAAAUCAAUCUUGUUGAGUCAAAAACGUAGUUCAAGUAUAAUCCAGAACUACAACCUCUGUUUCAGAUCACGAACGCAACUGAGGCGCAAGGCUUGGAAGCGAUUUGGCCGAGCCACGUUGAACAUUCAAAUUCUGGUGUCGACAUCGCUGAUAUAGAAGCAAGUUUCAAAUCCGGACUCACCUCAAAUUAAGGGUCGUUCUCUUUCCCUUCAGUUUUGCCUCUUCCCGUCAGUUUUGCCUUUCCACCUAAAAAGGGGUGGAAAAGGUAUAUUAACUAAAAACGAGGAGGUAAACUAAUAGGAUACCUACUAAUCAAAGUUCGCAAGCAAGAGUGUAGCAGACGUCGUCGUCUCGUCAUGUACGAACAUAGAGCCACCACGAGAGGGAGAAGGACGAGAGGGAGAAGGAGCUCGCGGGGAGGACUCAACACAGCAAGAACGAGGAGGACUACAUGAAGUAAGCGACGAGCUGCGAGCCUUAUCAAAUCUAGAUGGACUCUUAAGGCAAUGGUUGACGCUGAGCUACGUAUAAUAUUACCUAGUACUUAAAUCAUCGCUAAAUAAGAGUAGUAGUACUGCAUGAUGAUCGCGAGCUCGUUUGUUGAGUAGAGCUCCAGCUCUACUUCUAGAUACGUCAGAUGAUGGCCCCGCUCCUUUUCAUCUGCUCUACUAGACGACCUCUAAUAUCAGAAGGAGAAGCGCCACCCGCUGAUGAUACAAUUGAGCGAAGUAUCGCGAUUCAGCUCGACCUGCCAGCGACUAUCGAACCUGAAACAUUGAAAACUAUGAAUGCUUAAGGGAGAUCGAGAUUGUGAUCAUGUCAACAGCGAAAGCGAUCAGAAGUCCGGGUGUAGUACAUCAACAGAAAUGGCACAGCAACGCUACAUACUUGAGUUAGAAGGCUAUCAUUUUUGUUUGGACGAUCAAAGGGGUAUAGAUACCGAAUUAACAAGUAUCUUCUUAAAGAGUGUAAGUACAAGAAGUACUGUUCACCACCUUGACCUUCUAACAAGAAUCAACCUGGUUUCAGGCAUGCGGUGAAAGCUGCCUAUGCCGCUGUAUUGGAUGUGCAUCCAGACAUGGUGCUUGAGGUGGAAGUUGGCCGAAGAGGAGACGCUGGAGUACCAUUACCGAGUGGAAGUGGUGCUAGCAGUCUGGCGCGCUUAGCAGCGAGGAGUGGUAGAAGUAGUACGGGGGGUGCUUCUAGGAGCAGCACGACCCCUGGCGCAGAUAACUCAUCUACUAGUGGCACGCAGUCAGCGAGCAGCAGCCGUGCUAGCAGCGCUGGCGCGCAGUCGCCAAGCAGCCCCCCGGCGAGCGCUAGCAGUGCCGCGAAGUCAUCGAGCAGCACGGGAGGUGCAACUGGCGGUGUGCAAGGAUCGAGCACGGGUGAAGUCACUGGCACUGGUCACUCAUCUAGUCUUGGUGAAAUAAAGAGCCGAAACCUUCCUCUCCCUCAAGAGAAUCAUGGUCAUCAAUUACACGACGAACCUAAGAUCGUCACGAGAUUCGUCAGUACAGAGAAGAAAGGAAGAAGAGCAGUAGCUUCAUUAAGGGUAGGUUUUCAGUGUUUCUGCUACCGUUAGGGUUAGAAAGGAAAGGAAUAAGCAUGACUCUAACGGGGCGAGAAUAAGGCAACACCAGAAUAAACCCCACUCUAAUUUCAUCCAAGACAACCGAAGAUGGAGCUCGACACAGCUACUUCUUCCGUCGCCAGAACCGAAGUAGGAUAAGAAAUCUUAGCCUUGCUGAGGCUAGCGCAGGUGGCACCGUUGCAACCUUCGACACAGUGGCACUGAUAGGGGUACUUUCUCUUUACUUUAUCUCAGAGACAGGGACAACUUGCACUUCUUUUAGAGCAAAGAGCGUGAUCAAUUUUACGAGUCGUGGCGCUCAUUGUUAUUCACAAGUAGAAGUAGAUUGCGUUUGUGACUUCCGAGAAAGAGGACAGCACCACUGAGUAUCUACCUCUACGUACUAAUAUUUCUUGUUCUUCGCUCUGAGUAUCUAGGUACUAAUAUUUCUUCUGAAUUAACAGAUUCCGUCGGAACUGAUUGCUCCAGCCAACGAAAAGUGGCCAGCAUCCGGAGCCGACGUUGGCGAGCAGUUCAGAGUCGCAGUGGACGAGAAAUUAGCGGCUGCGGGUUUUGAGGAUAUCGAUGUUCUGUCGUGUGUGGCUAUUUUUAUGAACCCGAAAUUUUUUAACAGGAUUCAUUUUGGGUAGAGGACUUUUGCCGAGUCAGAAAAACAGGAUUCAUUUUGGGUAGAGGUAGACUUUUGCCGAGUCGUGAUGUAAAUCUUAAUGUCCUCCGAGUCUGAGUCUUUUGCGUGAUGUAAAUCUUAAUAUCAUGUCCGAGUCAGAAAAAAUCUUCUAAUGGCUCUAGCGGCCCACCAAUGAUGCCGAUGGGGCCACCCUCAUCUAUGUCAACGGGAGCACAGACGACAGGAGCAGGAACAACUACCGGAGCAGGCACGACAACCGGGGCGGGCAGCACUACCGGAAGCAGUUCUUCUGUUAUGAUUUCGGAGCAGUGUUGACUCCUUUAGCCUGUGACAGAUUUCUUGUUCUCUUUCAAACUCAAAGUCGAAUCCAGAAGCGUAGAAACUUAGGUACCAGUACUACACCUACAGUCACUAGCUCUAAUUCAAGAGCAGCAUCUACCUCGACUGGAAGUGACGGUACCACAAGCAGUUCGACGAUGGGAGCAACAACGUCACGACUUGCUACAACUGUGGCAAAUACGACAGGAGCAACCACGUCAGGAAUACCAACGACCUCAUCAAGUGCGACUCAAGGAAUCAACACAACAGGAGCAGCAGCAACAACAGCAAGUCCAACUACACCUACAGUCACUAGUUCUAAUUCAAGAGCAGCCGCAUCUACCUCUACUGGAAGUGGCAGUAAAAACACUUCGACGAUGGGAGCAACAACGUCACAACCUGCUACAACGGUGGCAAAUACGACAGGAGCAGCAGCAACAACAGCAAGUCCAACUACACCUACAGUCACUAGUUCUAAUUCAAGAGCAGCCGCAUCUACCUCUACUGGAAGUGGCAGUACCACAGACAGUUCGACGAUGGAAGCAACAACGUCACAACCUGCUACAACUGUGGCAAAUACGACAGGAGCAUCCACGUCAGGAAUACCAACGACCUCAUCAGGUGCGACUCAAGGAAUCAACACAACAGGAGCAGCAGCAACAACAGCAAGUCCAA